AUAUUAUAGAAAUAAUUCAAAUCCAAUUUUAUUGGUCACAUACACAUGGUUAGCAGAUGUUGUUAUUGCGAGUGUAGCAAGUACAAUUUUGAUACAGUGUCAGGGGAGGCUUUUACCCUUUUGUUCAGGUUUUUGUUUGUCGGACACUUUUUACAUGCACAUACAGAGAAAUGCUUUAAGAAGCCCCCUCUUAUGGCACGUUUGGGCAUUUCAUGUAGUCUCUUGUCUGCCCUUCAGUCUAGCGGCGAGAAUGAGAAAUGUCUCCCGCCUACCAGAAUUUACACACCACCACCACUUCUGUUUGUCAGACUCAAAUCAGAGGGAGAGGAGCAAGCCGCCAUUUUCUGAGCGUCUCUCCCUAAAACGAGAAAAUAGGCUCUUCUCAAACACCAGAAAAACUGGCCUUCUCAAACACCUUAGGGUGUGGGGAACGGAGUUUGCGACAAAGGAUUGUUGUAAAAUAAUUAACAGAAGUAUUUUUGACCAGAAAGGACCAUUUUUACACUUACUUGCUAUUACUAGUAGCGAGGCGCGCUAGCUAGCUAACUUUAGCGCGUUAACGUUAGUUAGCAAGCAAGGUGUAGCUUGCUACGUUAGUUGAUUCGCCCAUUGCUUGGUUCCGGAACGAAUCUGGAGCGCUUGAAACGGGGUCUUAAAUAAAAAAGGAUUGCAUUUUUAGAAAGGGGAAUGGCUGAUUAAUCGAUUCAAAUCGUGUUUUGUUGUGGUAUCCGUUUACAUUUCCUUCAAAAACUGCGGGGGAUUGUUGCCGAAAUUCACUCGGAUAGUGCGCCUCGUCACGUGGCUGUCCUCUGGCAGGGCAGUAAGCGGGUGGUGUGGAGCAGGCCGCGGAGUCCGUCUCUCUGCACUGCAUGGCUGCGAUGGCGCCCGCUCUCACCGACGCCCCAGCCGAAGCUCACCACAUCCGCUUCAAACUGGCUGCCCAGUCCUCCAGUCUCUCCCCGGGCAGCACAGAGAACGGCAACACAAGCAACAUCCUCAUCCACAACAGCAGCGGCACCGGCAAAUGCAAGGUCUCCGCCGCCGACGAACACUCCCACAACUUUUGCAGCGGGAACCAGGAGCUGCCGACCCAGCAGCAUCAGCAGUCCCCGGCCUCAACACUGGGCAAGCUCCAGCCGCUGGUAGCUUCCUACCUGUGCUCCGAUGUGACCCCCGUCCCCUCUACCAAGGAGUCUAUUAAACUGCAAGGAGUCCUCAUCAAGCAGUCUGUGCUGAAGAGUCACGGCAUCCUGCCCAGCUCGCUUUUCAACGGCGGGGGAGACUUCCUGCUGAGUAAGCGGCAGACUCUGGAGCUGUCCGGAGGACAACUGAAGAGCCUCAUGAGCAGCAACGGCGGUGGCCAAGCCGUGGCGGCCAUCAAUGGCCUAGCCAAGAAGCUGGCCAUGUCCGGCGCAGCGGGCUCCGUGGUGGCGAACAGGAGCAAACCCUCCGCCAGCGCUGAAUCUCAGCCCCUAACGCCUCCACUGGACUCCAAGGCCUUCACGGGCGCCAUCUUAAAGGGACCCGUCAAGCAAAAGCAUUCCCUGGGGGUUUCUCACAGCGCAGGAGGAAAUGGCCUCCAGCAGCAACCAGCUCACUUUGUGGCGCCUGAUACACCCUCAAAUCAGCCGGACACACCCUCAAAUCGGCUGAUGCUGCCUGUGACUGACUGGGAGAGGGCAGGCAGAAGCCAGCAGGGGUCCCCAGUCUGCUCUCCGGCACCCCAGUCCCCCUCCUCCACCCUCUGCAGCCUGGACGCCCAGGUGAAGGAGCGCACUCUGCUCAACCGCAGCCGCCAGGGUGAGAUCGAGGGCCGGAUGCGGCGGCUACGCAAGCGGCUGCAGGUGGUGCAGGCCAAGCAGGUGGAGCGCCACGUUAAGCAGCAGCUGGGGGGAUUUCUGGACUCAUCCCUCAGCAUGCUGCCUCCCGCCACCACAACGCGCAAGGGGGACACCACCGCCACAUGGCGCCCGGGCCGGCACUCCUUGGGAGCCAGGGACAGCCUGGGCAGGUUCUUGAAGAGCGGCUCCAUCCCCACAGAGUUGGAGCGCCUCUACCUCAGCGGCACGGCCAACCUGCACGUAGCUGAGAGCAACUUCGACUCGGACGUGACGGAGAGCAGCUCGGGAGGGGACACCGACCUGGAGGAGGAGGUGCUGACCAGAGUGGACAUUGAGCAGCGGCACAUCAAAAUAUGGAAGCGGGCGGAGAGUCGCUACACCAUCGAGCGGGCCUCCAUCAUCAGCCACUGGAACUGGCUCCAGGCCCACAUCUCAGACCUGGAGUACCGUAUCCGCCAGCAGACAGACGUCUACCGACAGAUCCGUGCCAACAAGGGCUCAGUGGAGUUGGGAGGUGUGGCGCCCAGUGCAUUGGUGGUGGGCGGGGUAGGAGUUAAGACUGAGCCUACUCCCCAGGACUGUCAGGUCACCAUCACAGAGUCUGGACCCUGGAGAGGCCAGAAUGGCAGGCCGGUCAAUGGGGUCCUCAACAGGGUGUCAGAGAGUAACACCAAACACCAACCCAGCCCCAAUGACAGCACCUGUGUGGCCGCCCGCACGCGCCCCUUACUCAACUGCAGACGACGGAGACUUGUACAGCCUAACACAGUACCUAACCUCAAUGGCAAGGUCCCGAGAACCAGCGCUAUCCUGUGUACCUGCAGGGUCAACCCCUCCUGUGUGACAUGCGGGGGUCGCCCCAGCGCACCCAGAGAAGACCCCCAGUACGAGCUUCCCUCCCUGGAGCGCUUGUCCCACCUGGACCCUGGCGUCCACCCAAUCCUCUCCCUCCCUGACGAUGUGUGUAUGAGCCUGCGGCUACAGCAGGUGAUGAAGAGCCACUGGCAGGGCAAGGCCCCCGAGAGGACCAAGCCCCUCAAGAAGCUCUCGCUCAAACACAAGCUCUCCUCCAAAGACAAGCACAUCAAGCUGGCCAACUCGCUCAUGGCACACAGACUGUCUCACUAUAAGAGCCGGUCUGAUAAGCUGCAGCGGCGACAACACCACCACUUGGAUGGCAACGGUGGGGUGCUGAGCGCCGCCAGGCUGGAGGGCCAGGCCCUCUGUAAGGCCGAGCGGCUUCUGCAUGGCCUCCCCUCACCCUCCACAGGGCCCUAUGACCGGAGCUACAGUCGCAAGAGGCCCCGUGAGCACUUGCUGGACAGGACCCACGGCUCCACCCCAAAGCUCUUCCUGGACUCGGGCAGCCCCUGCUCGUCCUUGGCCAGCCUGCACUCAUCUCUCCACAGCCCCUCGCUGACCCGCCAGCUGUCCACCUCCUCGGAGAGCUCCACCCCCAUUGGCCCCAACAGUCUCAGCUUCUCCAACACCCCUCCCAUCCGGAGGAGGCGAGGCGAGAGCUCCUUUGACAUCAACAACAUUGUGAUCCCCAUGUCGGUGGCGGCCACCACGCGCGUAGAGAAACUACAAUACAAAGAGAUUGUCACCCCCAACUGGCGGGAAGUUGACAUUUUCUCCCAGCCCAUGGCAGAAGAGGAGAACGACACAGAGAUGGAGGACCUCUCCGACGCGGCCUUCUCCCAGCUCCACCAGCCAUGCCAGGAUCAGGAGCGUUCCCGCUGGACCUGGAUGGCCCUGGCCCCCGCCAAGAGGAGGGGCAGCAGGUCGUACAAGUCCAUGGAUGGCAGGACCACACCGCUGCUGUGCAGCACCAACCCGCCCACUCCCCAGCCGGCGUCCCCUGACCCUGGACACUGCCCCCUGCUGCACGACUACAGCCACGUGGCUUCGCCCAUAAGUCCGGACGCCACCUCCAACCCCCACACGCCGUGCUCGCGUGACUCCCACCGCCUGCUGUCCAGUGAGGACACGCGCUGCUCCACACCCGACUUCACCUUCGAGGAGAGGACGGUGGCCCCGUGGGAGCAUCGAAACUUCCCCCUGCCGGAGGACCCCGUUCCGGAGCCCGAGGUAGAGGGGGAAGAUGAGAUGAGGCGGUCGCGAAUGCGCAGUGUCUCGUGUUGCCCGUCGACAGGCUAUGACACAGACAGCCCCUUGCCGUGUGAUGACGACGCCCCCAAACAGAAGGGCCAUGCCCACCAAUGAAUGACUGACAGGCUGACUGAGGUCUUCCUCAACCCCUACCCCUCUCUGGCAUUAACAAGCAGAACCUCAAACUGAGAAAAAAGGCUAUUUAAAAGGGUUCCUGUUUGAUAUUCAAACACCAGUCUAAUACUAUUUCACAGUUUUUAGUGAAUAUUAUACGGAAGAUGGAAGCCUUUCCCUACACUCUUGAUGUUACAAAAAUUAUUUCUGUUGUAGGCUAAAACGAUGUACAUGGGGCUUAGUGGUGUUCCAUAUGUGGCGUGUACACUUGUAGCGCACUAUGUAGCUGACUCCUCAAAGUAUGGCCAAAGGGUGUUUUUCUAUUGACUAGUUUGCUUGUAUUUCCCAUGUACAUUUUCUAGUGGUGUGACAAAUAACAAAACAAGAAAAAAAAUCCUCAUACUCCCAAAUUAACAGGUACAUUUGGGAUGUUUUGUGUCCUUUUUUUCCCCCUCUAGGGGGGGGGGGGGGGUAUUAGAAAUUGUGGAGCACAUCUUCUUUCAUUGCCAAGUAGUUUUGUUGGGUUGCAUGUCUUUUUUUGUUUGUCAUUCCUGACACUUUUUUUGUCUUUUUUUGUAUCGUCUGUUCAAUUAAGUCUUUCUUUUUGUGUUUUGGACAGUAAUCAUUCCUUUAGAAAAUCUCUUUGCAGAGCACCCGGCGCCUCUGAUCCCACUGAGCUCUCGCUGUCUUGUUUGCGGGAGUGACUGCGGUAGAGAGGAACCUGGGUAUCCUAAGCACUUGUCCAACCUACAGGGAGCACUACUGCAUGCUAAACCAUGCUAAUGCUAAUCAAAUCACCAGAGCACAUAAUUGAACAGGAACUUGCCACCCAGGGAAAGGAAGUGGAUGAUGAUCAGGGAUUACCCUAAUAUCGAUUUAGUUUACUUUCCCCUUUUCUCAAAUUAUCAUUGGUGUAGUAUUAUGUCAACAUAGUAAAAUGUAUUUCAAAUGGUAAAAUCACACAGCUAAUAGCUUUUUCAUUUUGUUUUCCGGACAUUGGUAUUAGGCUACAUGCUGGUGAAUUAUUGGACAAUGUUUGUUAAUGUUGAUAAUUAAGUUGUUUCUGGUUCAACUUGACAAGAAAAAGUGUGUUCUCUAGUUUCAUAUGUAGCAGCUCUUUGCUAGAAGCAACCCAGACCUCAGGUUUUACAGUUAAGGGAAUAUUUCUAAUGCUGAGAAAAUAUUUGCCCCCCCCCCCCCCCCCCCUAAGAUCGAUCCGAUCUAAAGAGACUACUCUGUUGCAGAAUGCUUUUUUUGUGUUGCCACCCCACAAUGUCAUAACCACACCACCAUUUCCCCUCGUAACUAAUUGCUAUGCAAAAUCUAUGGUUGUAUAAUUUUACACCUGUUUUUACGCCACAGUCCUUCAAUCCCUGUACUUUGUUUUGUAGUUUAAGCAAGAUGUAAAUGUACUGGUCCAAUUGUUGCAGCAGUUAACCUAAUCAAAAGCAGAAUUGUUUUUGUAAAUAGUACCAUUAAAACAUUUGUUUAACUUGG